GGCAGAAGGUCCCUCCUCUCACCUCACCUGCCCCAGGACGGACCGGGCCCAUCCGGUGUCCUUCCAUUCGCGGCUGCUGUUUCUGUCCAGUGCCCUUGAGGCUCUCAGCUGCCAGGGUCUGCAGGAGGCCACGCCAUGAGUGAUCGAAACAGUCGGAGGCGGACAAUGAAGAAGGACGACGAGGCCUUUGCCAUCUCCAUCCCCUUCGACGAGGCGCCCCAGCUGGACUCGCAGAUUUUUUACAGCCUGAGCCCCUCUCGGGGAAACUUGGAGGGGCCCCCGGAGGCCACAUCCCCCACCCUGGCCCUGAUGAAUGGCGUCAAGGCCCAGCUGCACAUGGCCCUGGAGAGGAACUCCUGGCUCCAGAAACGCAUCGAGGACCUGGAGGAGGAGAGGGACUUCCUGCGCUGUCAGCUGGACAAGUUCAUCUCUUCCACCCGGAUGGACGCAGAGGACCACUGCCGGGCGAAGCCUGGGCCCCGGCGCGAGGGGGACAGCCGGGGCGGGGCGGGGGGCGAGGCCUCGGAUCCCGAGUCGGCAGCCUCCUCCCUCAGCGGAGCCUCUGAGGAAGGCAGCGCCAGCGAGAGGCGGCGGCAGAAGCAGAAGGCAGGCGCCGGGCGAAGGCGCUUCGGGAAGCCCAAGGCCCGGGAGAGGCAGCGGGUGAAGGAUGCCGAUGGAGUCCUCUGCCGCUACAAGAAGAUUCUGGGCACCUUCCAGAAGCUGAAGAGCAUGUCGCGGGCCUUCGAGCACCACCGCGUGGACAGGAACACGGUGGCACUGACCACGCCCAUUGCGGAGCUGCUCAUCGUGGCCCCCGAGAAGCUGGCUGAGGUGGGUGAGUUCGACCCGUCCAAGGAGCGCCUGUUGGAGUACUCGCGCCGCUGCUUCCUGGCCCUGGACGAUGAGACGCUCAAGAAGGUGCAGGCACUCAAGAAGAGCAAGCUGCUGCUGCCCAUCACCUACCGCUUCAAGCGGUGAUGGCGCCAGCCUGCUCCCGGGCGCUCUGCAGGCCUGCGCCCGCCUGGCCUGUACAUAGGCUUUCCCCCAGGCCCCGCUUUGCCCAUCCCUGUACAUAGGCCAUCCCCCAGGCACGCAUCUCUCCCUGCUCCUGGGUCGGGGUCUUCCCUGCACGCUGGGCUGUGGGCCGCCAGCUCUGCCCCACGCCUCUUCCUGCGAGAGCCGGCCUGGCCACGUUGCCCUCUGGGUGGAGUGUCCAGGCCCCAGAAGAAGUGGCUGCCUGUCCCCACGAGGAGCUGCCUCCCCACAUUCCUGGACCACCCUGCUCCACGCGAGACAGAGAAUUAUUCAGAUAAUUUAAAUUAAAAAAGAGAUGUGAAAAUUUGGAAUAAA